AUGGAUGGAUUGCUCUGCGUCGACGCCGGCGUUGUAGCAAGGACCGACAGGAUGAUAUCAUACACGGACGCACAUGUGAAGCCGUCGAUCGAGACAAGGACCGAAAGAGGAAACCACCUUCUAAAUCGAGCAGGGAGGGCGCAAGCGUCCAGCGUGUCGCUCCCGACGCGUCAUAUUGACGACGCGGGCAAUCUCCCUUCCCCACUCGCGUCUCAGUCCGCGCUGCGACUCGCGCCGAUCUCCAUCUCCGCGCUCUCUCGCCGAGUGCGCCCUCUCACUGCGGCCGACUCCCGUGACUGCCUGCCGCCUCCCCUCAGCCCUCGUGGCGUGCACAAGCGGACGUCUGCCCAGGGAGCGUCCCCAAAGUGGCAAGUCCCACCCCUCGAGAGUCCCUCCAUCUCACGCGCUGUCCUCGCGUCCCCGCUAGCACGCGCGUCACGGCGCCAUAGCAGGCGCGUACAGGACACAACGCGCCGCGCCGCACGCGCACCACGCAAGGCUGUGCUACCGAACGAAGCCUCCCUCGCGCGUGUAUCUGUACUGCAUCCAUCGUCGCCCUGCCAAUCCAACUCACACAGAUUCAGAUCCACACAGAUCGUUUGGUGCGCCAUACCACGCCGUCAAGCGCUCCCACCUUGCGUGGGACAACAGGCAAGUGCCCGCCCGGUCACCCGUCUGCCGCUCACCCACCGCUCUCACAGCAUCCCGUCGGUCCUGCACGUCGCGUCCGGGGACACCGUCUCCUUCGACUGCCUCGACGCGUCCAACGGCCAGCUCACGCCCACAUCGGACCUCGCGGCGCUCGCGGCCCUCGACUUUGCACGCCUGGACCAGGUGAACGGCCCCGUGCACGUCGCGGACGCGCGCCCCGGCGACACGCUCCGCGUCGACGUGCUGGACGUGCGCGCAGCAGACUGGGGCUGGACCGCGCUCAUCCCCGGCUUCGGCUUGCUCGCGGACGAGUUCCCCGCGCCCGCGCUGAAGCUGUGGACGCUUCCGGGCGCGGAGGGCGGGGCGGGGCGGGCCUACGCGUGGUUCGAUGAGGCGCGUGGGAUACGCGUCCCGCUGCGGCCGUUUGCGGGCGAGAUGGGGGUCGCGCCGGCGCAGCGCGGCGACGAUCCCGCUGUACAGGACUGGCGGGAACAUCGACACGAGGCACGUCACGGCCGGCGCGACGCUCUUCCUGCCCGUGGAGGUCGAGGGCGCGCUGUUCUCCAUCGGGGAUGGGCAUGCCGCGCAGGGCGAUGGAGG